AUGUCGGAGAAACGGAAUCUUCUUCAAAUUUCGCCGGCUAGAGAAUUGCUCUUCACUGGUAGGUUUUCCCUCAAAAAACCAUUUUCAAGCGAUUUUUGCAGGCCCAUUCACAGAUGUUGUGACAAGUGUGAUGACUUUGAAGAAUCCGACGUCGGAAGCAGUGUGUUUCAAAGUCAAAACGACGGCGCCGAAACAAUAUUGUGUUAGACCGAAUUCUGGUGAGUGUUUGAGGUGAAAAUCACCUAGGAGACCGUGCAAAAUUUUGAGUUUUUUGGGGGGAAAAAUGACGAAAAACUUGAUUGCGAAGAGAUAGUGGAUGUAGGGGACUAGAAUUCCAACACCUGGAAUUCUAGUCCCCGGAAAAUUUUGUGAAAAAACGUUAGGAGCAUGAAAAUCACGUUUUUUUGGGGUCUAACACUGGAAGAACGUGAUUUUAAGCUUCGAUGCCCAGAAUAUCAUGGUUUUCUGCGUUCAGACCAUUAAAAUCACAGAUUUUUCGGUCCAGAGCUCGAAAAUGUCUGAUUUUCUGCUCUAAGGAGCGUUUAACCUUGAUUGCAUGAUAUUAAUGUCAUUUUCAACUUCGGAACCGAGAAAUCUGUGGUUUUUCAGUUCCAGGACGUAAAAAUAGUCAUUUUUGUUUCAAGUUUCCAAAAAAUCAUAAUUUUUCACGUUGGUACCAUGAAAACUUUGCUUUUCUUUCUCCAGAGCCCGAAACUUCAUGAUUUUUUGCUCCAAUGCCCAUUUUAGCUUCCGAACCCAGAAAAUCAUCGUUUUUCUUGUCUAGUUCAAGAAAUCUCGAUUUUUUUCGCUCCACGGCUCUGAAAUUUCGAAUUUUUCACCAGCUUUCAGCUGAAAUUAUAAAAUAACCUCAUUAUUUGCAGGUCUCCUCCAACCAGGCGACACAAAAGAAGUGACAGUAAUGCUUCAACCAUUAGACGGAAUUCCAAGCGACGCGAACCGUCACAAAUUCAUGGUACAAGCCUGUAUAGCUCCAUCGGCAGACUUAUCGGAUCUCGAAUCCGUCUGGAAAAUGCCAAAUCCACCAGAAACCACCUAUAACAAACUGAUGGUUGUGUUUGUUGAUAAAGAGGGAAAUCAUGAGAAUCGAAGUAGUGUAACAUCUGGUGGACAAGUUGAGGAUACUUAUACUAGUGUUCAAACACAGUGAGUUGUUUUUUCGAUGUUGUUGAAAAAGACAUUCUGAGCUAUGGUUGGACAUCGACUAAAUGACAUUUUCAGGUUUUUUAAGCAAGUGAGUUGAAAUAUUAUGUUCUAAUGUUAUUCAUAUGAUAGAAUGGUCUAAGACGAACAGAAUGAUAUAAAUUUUGAUGACUUUACGUUAUCCAUAAGUGAUUUAGCGACUUAUCGACUAAAUAUCGACUAAACGUCGCUAAAUCACUUAUGGAUAACGUAAGGCGAUGUUGCAGAUGAGUUUCUCCUCCGAGGAGAAAUGGGGCGAAAUUCGAAAAUUACAUUGUUUCGCCUCCACGUGCAACACGUUUCUCCUCUUUCUCCUCAAUUAGCUCGGGGGAGAAACUAAUCUGCAUCAUCGCCUAAAGUCAUCAAAAUUUAUAUCAUUCUGUUUGUCUUAGACCAUUCUAUCAUAUGAAUAACAUUAGAACCCGAUAUUUCAACUCAUUUACUUAAAAAACCUGAAAACGUCAUUUAGUCGAUGUCCAAUCAUAUUCUGAGCUCGACACUGACUCAAAACCACGUUUUGUGAUCCGAAACGUUAAGAAGCCCAGAAAUUGACUCAAAGCCUUGAUUUUGAAGCUUCAAGUGUGAUUUUUGUUCAAAUCUAUGGGUUUUUGUGGAAUCGUGUGUUUUUGAUUAUCCCAAAGGCUCUAAAAAGGAAUUUUUGCAUCAAAAACUGGAUCCAAUCAUAUUUUUAGGUACUGAAAUGGAUUUGGAUCCUGAAAUUGUCCUAAAAUUAGGUUCUAAUUAAAAAAUUAGGUAAUUUUGGGGAAUAAAUACCUGAAAUUUCUGAAAAUUUCGACUAUCAACCUAAAACUCUCUGAAAUUCUUCCAGAGAUCUUCACGCAACUCAUUCCUCAUCCAACGAUUCUGGAACAGUCGCCUCAUUGCGUAAAUCGCUGAAAACUGCGGUCGAAGAGAAGGAUGGUCUUUUGAAACAGGUGCAAAAUUUGCAACAAGAAGUUGAGGUUCUAUUAAAGGUACAUAUAAGCACGAAAAAAUACGGAAAAAUGAGAAAUUAUUUCAGAAAAAUCGCAAUUUGCAAAUGUCGCAAGGUGAUGCGGCCGGAGCUAGUGCUAACACAUUUCCAACUUUGCAAGUGAGUUUUUUUGGUGGGUGGGAGACUAAAAAUUGAGGAAAAUGCAAAUUUUUGAUGCAAAUAUCGAUUUUGAGUAUGAAAAUCGACUAUUAAGCUAAUUUUCUAUGUUAAAAACGUUCCAGAGCUCAAUUUGGAGCGAAAAUCACAUAACUAGUAUACAAAUUGACGUCAGAGCUCAAUUCUGGCUCCAACAACAAUCCAAGAGCCAUUUUUGUAUCAAAAAAUAUGUCAAAACUCGAUUUUCAAGCUGAUUUUUGUCAAAACUGUAGCUAAAAAUGAGUUCUGACGUCAAUUUUAAUAGUAAAAAUGUGAUUUUUGCUUCAAAUUGAGCUCUGAAACGUUUUUAACAUAGAAAAUUAGCUUCAAAAUCAAUUUUCAUAGUCAAAAUCGAAAUUUCGGGGCUCCUUGAUCAUUUUUUUUGCGCCAAAAUCGAUAUUUGCAUCAAAAUUUGACUCAUAGGUCAUUUUUGGCACCAAAAAUCACUAUAUUCCCAAUUUUUGACGGAAAAUUCGAUUUUCUGGUCAAAAUUUGACCUCUGAUGUCAAAAAUAUGCCAAAACUAAAUUUUCAAGCUGAUUUUUUCUCAAAACUGAUGCUAAAAAUGAGCUCCGUACCCAAUUUCGUCUGAAAAUUCGAUUUUUGACACAAAAAUGGCUCUUGGACUGUUGUUGGAGCCAAAAUUGAGCUCUAGGACGUUUUUAACAUAGAAAAGUCGAUUUUGAUGCUCAAAAUCGAAAUUUCGGUCGAAAAUGGGCUAAUAGAUCAUUUUUGACCCCCGAAAAUCACUAUAUUCCUAAUUUUUGACGGAAAAUUCGAUUUUCUGGUCAAAAUUUGACGUCUGGAUGCUGUCUGGCACCAAAAACCCCAUGUUUUUGCAGCAAAUUCUCCUGGCCUUUGCAAUUUUGCUGAUCGGCCUCAUUUUCGGAAGGAUCCUCUAG